CCAACUCAUUCCCACAAUUAAGGCACAAAACCAACUCAUUCCUUUCUCUGUUUCAGUUCCACCAUGACACAUCUCAUUUUAUUGCAUGGACUUCUAAUAGUAGCAUACGUUAGUGGUUCUCAAGCUGAAAAUUCCUUCUCACAAUACUGGGAAGAGCAUAUUGGUCUUCCACUACCUCCAAAUUGGUUUGCUGCAAAAGUUUCUCCAUUAGGCCUCCAUCAGACGACAAUGUUUAUCAAACUUAUAGAGGAAAAUCAACUGGCUUCUCACCUGCGUUCGUUCUGUAAGCAAGCUAAUGUUGCUUGCUCGUCAAAUGCACUAGAGAAGAGUACAAUAAAUGACACAACUCUGCCACCAAUAGCCCAGUGGAAUCGUUUAAAACUGAAAUAUGAAGGCCUUCCAAAUGAAAUGACCCUGUCGGUUGCCAGCCAAGGGGGAUUGCCAUAUUUCCGAGAGUCAAUGGUGAAAGAGGGAGGUUUCAUACAUGUCCCUGAUUUAAGAGAUCCAAUGUCAUAUAAAUCGUUCUUGCCACGAACUUUGGCAUCAAAAAUCCCAUUUUCCAUUGCCCAGAUCAAUGAAUUGAAUAAGCUUUUUGGUGUGGUGGAUGAAACAAACAUGAAUGAGUAUAUUCGAGACACCCUCGAGGUAUGUGAGGACAGCCCUAUUCGAGGUGAGCAAUGCACCUGUGCGACUUCUGCAGAGGAUCUCAUCGAUUUUGUUGUCAAAAAUUUAGGACACCAUGUACGCAUUUGGAGUACUGAGAACGUCGAAGGAUCUUAUGAAAAUGUCACAAUUGGAUCUGUGAAACUCAUCCAUGGAAACCUCUUAGAAGCACCUGUCUUAUGUCAUAGUCAACCAUUCCCAUUUCAAGUCUAUUAUUGCCAUGUUUUUCAGAAAGUAAAAGUAUAUGCAGUUAAUAUACAAGCUCAGAAGAAAUUGAAUCAUGCGAUCAUGGCAUGCCACUAUGAGACAUCUACUUGGAAUCAAAACCAUCUUGCUUUUAAGCUUCUAGGUUUUGGCCCUGGACUAAUUGAAGUUUGUCAUUGGAUAAACGAGAAUGGAAUGAUCUGGACAAAGACUCUAGGUUGAGCAAAGCAUUGAAAUUUGAUUUUCUUCUAGU